UCAGUAAGUAAGAGCAAACUUGAGCAAAUCACGACCAACAAUGCCUCAGAAAAACAAAGUGCCUGUUUUACAAGAGCUUGCACUGGUUUCCAUUGGCAAAUACAUAGCUCUCAUAGGUAGUAAAAUGAUAGGCCCGGUGUGCGAGAUUUCCCAAAAGAACCCAGCUCGCGCAGUGAAGCUUCUUCGCUCCCUAGUCCAGACUCUGAAACACAACUUGAGCUCGAAUGUGCCCUGGCAUUUGUACACUCCGAUGUCUACCAAGAUUCUCCAGUCAAUAAUGGUCCUGUUGAACGAGACCAAGAACACGUACAACGAUUACCAGCCAAUGAACCUUUUCCUCUCGGAGAUUAACGUGAUAGUGUCGCUGAUUGAGGUGGUGAUGCACCCGAAUCUCAGAGCGAUUGAGUUUACAAGGUGGCCUAAGAUAAUGAGACACAUGCUCUACAGUAACUUACACAAUUUACGUGGCCUAGAAGUUCUGGACCUCGGGUCUGGCUCAGCUGGAUGGCGGACCUCGGACAUUGAAAAGUUGAUUAUUAAUGGCGUCAGUGCGAUGCCUAAUUUGACUGCCCUGACGCUUUGCUUUGAUUGCACUGAUAAUAUUAUCACAGCUUUGGGGAAUAAUUGCCAAAAAUUGAGGUGUCUUGAUGUCACUUCCUCUAGGUCCGUGACAGAUCGCAGUAUUCCUGCCCUUCUCAAGUGCCACCAACUGAGAGACAUAAAACUAUUCCGUACGUCAAUUACAGUGACAGGAUACGCAGAUCUUCUGCUAGGACUCCGCUGGUUGGAGAAUAUCGGGAGGUGUGACGACAUAGGCGACAUUUUAGAGAUAAUAUACGAACGAGAGAGCAAUAACAAGUGCUUAUACUUGAAAUCUUUCGAGAGCCGUAGCAUGAUAACGGGUUAUUUGUAUUUACUGAUCACAGUCUGUCCAUUUAUAACAAGUUUGUCAAUAAUGUGCAACGACGAGAUGGACAAUUUGUCAAUUCUGUCGGUACUAGAGUGCCUGACGGAGCUUAAAUUAAUGUCCUGCAAUUUUUAUGCCGACGGAGUCGGCGUUUUACUGGAAAUGACCCAGUCAAGGAUUGAGAGUCUCCACCUGGAGCAUGUAGACGAGAUUGAUAGAACCGCUCUAGUCUGCAUCAGCCAGUACUGUCCCAGGUUGAAAAACUUGACGUUCUACAACUGCGAUUUCAUUGAUCCGGUAAUUAACGCCGGGAUUAGGUACGAUAAUUUAAAAGUCAGACCUUUCAAGUGUCUAGAGAGGAUCAAGUGCGUAGCAGACUGCGCAAAAUCUCACCUGGAGUUCUUGCUGUCUCAUUGCACGGACAUCAAGUUCAUCCAGUUGGGAUCUUCGACGGGAAUCGAUGACACAGCGAUGAAAAAAGUUUUUGCGCUCAACAGAAUGAGCAAACUGGAAGAACUGAAGAUUCUGUACAGCAGCGACUUGUCGAUGAGAACUGUCAGGCUGCUGAUAAAGAAUUGUGAUAAUUUAAGAAGACUGUCCGAGCUGGAGAGCUGGCAUGGGAUUACGGAAGAGGAGCUGGUUAAUUUUAGAAAUGAACUUAAAAUUCAAAAUGUUAAUUGUGAUACAAGUCCUACUUUAUCUUUUGCUUAGUUUUUUUUUAUUUUGGCAAAAUAUAAAAAAAAAUUCGUACUAAGGUAAAGUAUCCAGUAGUUGAACAGGUUUUGAAGUAAAACUUAUUUGACCCUACUUUUAAUGGCGACUUCUCGGUGCGUGGCAAAUUUGAAA